CCCUGCGCCACAAAUGUUCUUGUGGUCAGUAGGCGUUUGUCAAAACGCAAACGACCUCGAAGUUGUGUCAUUCCUGAAUUUGCUACGCACCAGUAAAGUUAAUUAUGCCGAGCACCCACUCCGAACCCGAAACUGAACGUGUGGCCAAGCGUCAACGUCUGGAAGACCGCAAUGUCGUUGCAAUCAAGCCGCUGGUACCGCCCGCUUGCGUGCUCGAGGAACUGCCAGUGACACCUCAGGUGCAUGAGCUGGUGGACGCUACGCGUGACGCCGUGUCCCGCAUCCUUCACGGCCAGGACGACCGCCUCGUCGUGGUCGUGGGUCCUUGCUCUAUUCACGACGUGGAUGCUGCCAUGGACUACGCUAAGCGCUUGAAAACUCUUGCGGAUGAGCUGAACGGAGAGCUGCUGGUGAUCAUGCGCACCUACUUCGAGAAGCCCCGCACGACUGUGGGCUGGAAGGGUCUGAUCAAUGACCCGGACCUCGACCAGUCUUUCAAGAUCAACAAGGGCAUCCGCAUUGCCCGUAAGCUGUUGCUGGACGUGAACUCGCUGGGUCUGCCUGUGAGUCUGGAGUUCCUCGACACCAUUUCGCCUCAGUUCACCUCGGACCUCAUCUCGUGGGGUGCCAUCGGUGCGCGUACGACCGAGUCGCAGCUGCACCGUGAACUCACCAGUGGCCUGUCGAUGCCUGUGGGCUUCAAGAACGGCACGGGUGGCAACGCCAAGGUAGCGGUGGACGCAGCCGUCGCGUCAUCGCAGCCCCACAACUUCCUGGGCCUGAACGAGCACGGUCUGGCGUCGAUUGUGCGCACCAAGGGCAACAAGGACUGCCACGUGAUCCUGCGCGGUGGUUCCGAUGGUCCCAACUACGAGCAGAAGUACAUUGACGAAGCUGCUGCCAUGCUGAAGAAGGCCAAGCAGCCGUCCAAGAUCAUGGUGGACUGUUCGCACGGCAACUCGCGCAAGCUGCACGCGAACCAGCCUAAGGUGGCCAGCUACUUGGCUGGUAUCGUGGCUGAGGGCAACACGAACGUUCUUGGUUUAAUGAUCGAGUCCAAUAUCGUGGAGGGUAACCAGUCGCUCGGCGACGACCCGUCCAAGCUCGUCUACGGACAGAGCAUCACGGACGCGUGCAUUAACUGGGACGACACGGUCACGACGCUGAAGGAGCUUGCAGGUGCCGUCACCAAGCGACGCACACUUGAUGCCGCGAACCCGGCCAACUAGAUGUCAGAAACCAAUAGCGCACCAAUAUUAUCACGAUAGACUCUCCAAUACACACACUUUACCUCCACUGCAGCGGCGUCCGGAGUGACGUUUUUUUUUUGCUGUUCGUAGUGUGAUGGGAGGAAUUCUGGUGCAACCGUC